AUGACGUACGGUAAAUUUCAUAGGUUCUUUUUAAGAACAGUGGCGAGUCAAGGUGCUGUAUCAAUGAGCGAUGCUCAAGAAAUCGUACAGAAAUUCAACGAUGAAGAAGAAACAUCAGUGCAGGAUGUGGUAAAAUCAAUCAAUGAUGAAAUUAGACAAUUUCAACAAGAGAUAAAAAUAACUAGCGAUGAGGUCACAAAUGAAAAAGUUAUUGUUUUCUUGUCUCUGGGCUACGAUGAAGCAACCAAAGCCCAGAAUAUAUUUUCUGCAAAUGAAUUAGAAUAUUUCAGAGUUCUCCUUGAACAGAUUAUGACCACAGAAUCAAGACAGAUUACAGGAAUGAAUGCUAUUAAUUUAGCAAGUAGUAUGAAAUCAACUUUUACUAAAUCUGAUGCACAAAGAAUGCUGAAUAUUUGGCAUAGAAUGAAGUACUUGGACAAGGAUCAAAACAACUAUGCUUUAGGUGUGAGAGCAGUGCACGAGUUUGAAGGUUAUAUUCGUACGAACAUGCCAGAUGCUGUUGAACAAUGUUGUCUGUGCAAACAGACAGUUUUUAGAGGUUACAAUUGUCCAGCGUGUGCAUUGGCCAUUCACAACCGAUGUCUGAUGGGUUACCUAGAGAAGAUACAAAAAUGGCCCUGCUGCAAGGUUGAUUUCGACCAAUCCCAGCUUGAUCGACUCACUAGCGCUGGUUCCAGAUUAUUAUCGCAGUCGCAAGCGAAUACAACACAAGACACAGAGGAACAAAGCAUCGAGGUACAACCCACCCAAACGCAGCAGUCAGAAAGCAUGGAGUUAGACAUAACACAGGAAGUUAUUCCAGAGAUAUCACAAAGAGUAACUAGAAAGAGAAAGCGACUAAAUUGA